AUGGCAGCUCCAGGAAAAUGCUUUCUCGUCUCUGGCCCUCCUGGAGUGGGCAAAACAACUUUGAUAAUCCAAGUGCUGGAGAGCCUCAAGCAAUCUAAUCCCAGCUUAAAAGUCCAAGGCUUCUACACUCGCGAGGUGAGAGAAGGUGCAGAAAGGAUAGGAUUUGAAGUUGUUACUCUCGAUGGUCGUAAAGGUCUUCUUUCUUCCACCAAAAUUUCUAGCCCGGAGUCUCAUAGGUGGCCCACAGUGGGGAGGUACAGAGUUGACAUUGCAUCGUUUGAGUCAUUAGCAUUACCUGAAUUACAGGUUAAGGAAGACACCGAUCUGUUUAUAAUUGAUGAAGUUGGUAAGAUGGAGCUGUUCAGUUCAUCAUUCUUCCCUGCCGUAUUAAGAGUGCUUGAAUCAAAUAUCCCACUAUUGGCUUCUGUGCCCAUCCCAAAGUCAGGCAGAGAUUUACCUGGAGUUGCAAGGUUGAAAAACCAUCCAGGAGCUGCCCUUUACACAUUGAACACAAGUAACAGGGAUACUAUGAAGGAGCAAAUUUAUUCCCAUUUGAUACAACUACUACAAAAUCGUUAG